AUGGAGGCGGAAGAGGAUUUUGUAGGUUGCAUUAGUUGCAUGAAUAAAAAAGAUUUAUGCGACCUAUUUGCUGUUUACGCUAAAAAUGAAGAAACCUACGCGCAAAUGUUAAAAACUUGUUUUGAUAUUAAGGUUUCGUAUGAUUACAAAUUUAUUUGUUCCGAAUGCGCUGAAACAUUGGAAAAAGCCGCUGCUUUCAAAAAUCAAACCAGUAAAAACUUGGCAAUGCUGCAAAGUAUUAAAGAUGAGGAAUAUCUAGAUGAAUCAUUCCUGGAAGAAGCAGAAAGUGUAUCCUCAGAACAAUGUAAUUCCAAUAAGAAAUCGACUAAGACACAUAAUGUAGCAUCUAACUGUGACGACAUUGAUGAAGAUAUAGACGAGGACCACAAGAUCCAAGCACUGGAUGAAACCACCUGUAUUUACUGCAACGUCCAACUCCCCACCGCUGACGAAAUAAAUCACCACGUCCGCGUCGUGCACGGCCUCGAGCCGAAAACUGGGAGGCGAAUUCGGGAAUGCUCUUUAUGCGGUGCUUCGUUGAGGGAUCUGGCUGAUCAUCUUAAUAGAUGCCACAACACGAACUUGGAGAGAGAAGAAAGACAGUACGCGUGCCAUUUCUGCGACAACGUCUACAACAGCAAGAAGGCCUGCUUCACUCAUUUACGGAUGAAACAUGGAUUGAAGCUGUGUAACGAUCACACACCCAAUUAUUCGUCGAGUGACCGUAAGAAGUGUCACAUUUGUCAGCGCGACUUCAGCCAGAAGCAGAUACUGAACAAUCAUCUGUGGAAAGCCCAUGGAUACGAGGUGGAGAAGCGCAAGGCUUUCUUCUGUCCACUCUGCAACGAGAGAGUUAGCUACGGUACCAACUUCAGCGCACAUCUUCUGCAUCGCCAUCAGGUCCGAGAACAAGUUGAACAGCUCGAGUUUAGCAGUAUGGAUGAUUUUAUGCUGUUCAAAAGCGCUAUACAAGAAGAAACUAAGUUCCGGUUCCGGAAGACGACGGCCAGCAAGCAGACUAUCGAAGGGGUUCGAUCGCAUUACAUGUGCAGUCAAUCGGGGAUAUAUGUUUACCAGGGUAAAGGUAAGCGGCCGACUCCAGAACGCCAAAUAUAUAAAACUGGCAAAGCCUGUCCAGCACACAUGAUAGUCACCGAGACACUGGAUAAAGUUCUCGUGACGUUCUACAAGACGCACGUCGGACAUGGGACCUGUCCGUAUUAUGAGCCUCGGGAGCCCAAAAGAGCCAAAUGCGAGCAAUCGGAAAUUGACGCCCCGCAGUUGAUAUGCGACGCUUGUGGGGUUGGCUUUUUGAGCGUAGACAAGUUCAAAACCCACGUAGCUUCGCACGGGCUUAAGCUGUACCCGUGCGAACACUGUGAUGACCUUUUUCAGAACAUUGACGCCUGGACCCGUCACGUGAGAAUCGAACACGAUGAUAGUAAUUUGUAA